ACUUUUGUUUAGUCAUUUCUCCUGCAUCUGUCCCGCUUGUUGUGGUCCUUAUUACGGCGUCCUCACACGGCGGCGCCUAGGAUCAAGCGCAUAUUAGAUCGUCUGUUUUCCCACAGUUUAACCCCGCCAGGACAAUCCUUCGAAUAAUAGACCUCGUCCCAAUUCAAUAUAGAGCAAUAUCGCCCUUGCGGGCCGCUCUUAUCCUGGGUGUGCACUAAAAUGCCACUCCAACUUGUAGAAACCUCGGAUGAGGAUAGCUUUGUCAGCGUUGCACACCAUUUGGCAGAGCUGUUGAAUGAAGGCCAGACAAGGACAGCAUUAGCGGACACGCCAGCAACGAUAUUCCUCAACGAUUGCGUUAACUUGGUACAGGAGCAACGCUACGAAGAGUAUGUCUCCCGCAUUUCUUCUCAAGUCAACACAAUAUACACUAAAAUGACCGAUAAGGAAGCUGAGUGUUGUCUAAGCAUUGCCGUGCACGCCGUGGGGAGGGUGCCAAACGACGGCCAGCAGGCCGCCGCCACGACAUUAGCGAACGCGCUCUGCCAGUCGGACGAGCGUGCUGAGGAGCGACUGACGGCCUUGCUGUCUUUGUACGGUAUCUUGUCGUCUCAGCCGGCGGCGCAGCUUGCGGUGCUUCUCGCCACGGCGGGCUACGCGGCCCGCAACUCGGCCAAGUGCCGCGCCACGUUCUGCUCUGCAGUUCGCGGCAAGGCACAACGCUGGGUGGCUCAAUGGCAAUUGGGUCCCUCCGAGUCCCGGCAACUCUAUCUGGCGUUGGCGGCGGCCAUGAGGGGCGCCUCUGACCGACCCACCACGCGGGAGCACCUGGCACUGGUAAGUCUGGCGCUGUCGCUACCGGGUACCUCGGACAAGGCACCAGAGGUGGUGGAGGCGGCGGCAGGAGCCCUGGCAGAUUACCUGCGGAGCUCCUCGGUGUACACUCUGGACCUGCUGCCACUACCCGCCGUAGCAGCGCUCGCGGAUAGCCCCAAGUACGCUCCCCUGCACAAGCUGGUGACGACGGUAGUGGCCGGGGACGUUGCGGGUGCACGCGACGCUUCUGCAUCCGCUGCCCUGGAGGCCGCUGGCGGUGUGUCCACUGAAGCGGUGUUGUCCAAGGCUCGCAUGACUGCUCUGCUGGCUGCGUGCGCGCGGGCGGGCCACGGCGAGGUGGCGCUUGGGGACCUGCGCGUGGCGUUGGACGUGCCGGAAGACCAGGUGCAGUCCUGGAUCGUUCGGGCUAUAGGCGCCAAGCUACUGGAGGGACGUGUGGACUCGGUCCGCGGCACCGUGUCGGUGGCCCGCUCCACCCACCCUUGCUUUGGGCAGGCGCAAUGGUCCAAACUCGCGACCCAGCUGGCGGCGCUCAAGGAGACGGUAGCGACGGCUGCGGCUGCCAUGUCGCAGGUCCGACCCCCUCAGCACGUCAUCGCACGCGCGGCGUCCGUGGCCGCUGCACGGGAGGCGGCGGCUGCCUCGCGUGCCUAAAUGCACUUCAUCUAGGCGGAAUCGGGGUGACAGACUGUGUACGGUGUUGUGGCUAUUGCACGAGCGGUGUAAGGGGUGUGUGGUGAGGAGGUGGUUAUUGCAUUUCGCAUGGACCUUUUUCGAGGUGACUCAUGUAAUGUGUGCGCCUUUCUGGCAGCUGUCAACUUUUGGAUUACCUAAGUGAACUGAAGGCAGGGCUUGUGCAGGAGUUGGCAGGAGUAGCGAAGAUAGGCAGCGGCGGAGAUUCGGAUGGGGUAAAAUAAGGUUGGUCGUUGCACUUACGAGUACGCCGACGCUGUGUAACUGGACAAAGAAGUGCUGAUGCAUCUGCCAGGAAUACCAGUGCAUUGGCAGCAAUGAACAACAUUGGAAAUUCGAAUCCAAAAUAUGGUAUUUUCAAAUGAGUUGGUUAU